AUAUAGACCUGGGCGAUCCUCGACUUCUCAGAUCUCAGCACUCACCGAGGAUCGACUUCUGAAGCCUGAUUGUUUGACAUCUGCAUCAGCCUCCAACUGUGCUAAACACCUCCUUAUCUCAUCAUGUCGAGAGACGACGUCGCCUUCUAUGGUUUCACACCCGUGCCGAGGGACCCGGAUGUGCUAUUCAAAGAUCAUCCCACCGCGAGCGGGCCCAACCCAAAGCAAGACCUGUUCACGAUCGACGACUUCCCCUUCCCGGACUCCGCAGUCGUCCGUGCGGUGAAGGAGUUCGUCAAAAAAGAGCUCGAUGAGCAGACAUAUAACCACAGCCACCGAGUAUACGUCUACGGCACUGCGCUGGUGAAGACACACUUCCCGUCCUGGACGUAUGACAAUGAGACGUACUACCUGUCGUCCCUCCUGCACGACAUCGGGACCGCCGAGCGGUUCCUCGCGACGACGAAGAUGUCCUUCGAGUUCAAGGGCGCGAUCGUGGCGCGCGACCUGAUCUUGCAGCAGGGCGGGGCCGAAGACCAGGCGGAUAGCGUCUGCGACGCCAUUAUCAGGCACCAGGAUAUCUUCGUGAAGGGUGGGAACAUCACGAUGGUUGGACAGAUUCUGCAGCUCGCGACGAUCUUGGAUAACGUUGGAAUCCGGGCGAACCUCGUCCACCCGCGCCUCAUCGAGACGACGACCGCGGCCUUCCCGCGCAAGGGUUGGUCCGAGCAUUUCGCGCGCGUCGUCGAGAAGGAGCUCGCGCUCAAGCCGUGGUGCCACACGUCGACGUUCGAGGUGCCCAACUGGAAGGAGGGCGUGCGGAGCAACUUCGCGACGGACGUCAGAGGAAACGAAGUUAUGCGGCCUUUCGAUCGAGAGUAGGAAUAUGAACAUUGUGGAAAGUAGCGCUACUCGUUUACUUGAAAGCCAAGCCCUCUACAAUUGAAAUACACAUUGAACUAGGUGUUGCUCGUCAUGAGGAAGUAC